GGGAAGUACUUCUGGUAGAGUGAAGCAUGGCUGCGGUGCCUCCUGAUACUUGGCAGCCGCCCACUGUCUCCAUGGAGACCACCAUGGGCAUCAUUGUUAUGGAGCUGUACUGGAAGCACGCUCCCAAGACUUGUAAGAAUUUUGCAGAGCUGUCCCGACGUGGCUAUUACAAUGGCACAAAAUUUCAUAGAAUAAUCAAAGACUUCAUGAUUCAGGGUGGUGAUCCAACAGGAACUGGAAGAGGAGGAGCAUCCAUCUAUGGCAAGCAAUUUGAAGAUGAACUCCAUCCUGAACUGAAAUUUACAGGUGCAGGAAUCCUCGCUAUGGCUAACGCAGGCCCGGAUACAAAUGGCAGCCAGUUCUUUAUCACAUUAGCACCAACUCAGUGGCUUGAUGGGAAGCACACUAUUUUUGGUCGUGUUAGCCAAGGUAUUGGGGUAGUCAACAGAGUGGGCAUGGUGGAAACCAAUGCACAAGAUCGUCCAGUAGAUGAUAUAAAGAUUCUGAAGAUUUAUCCAUCGGGUUAGACUGGUAUUAAGAUAAUCAGAUUGAAUUUAAUUGCAUUCCAUUGUACUUGGUUUCGUAGAAGAUCAGUACGUUGUUCCAAGAUACACUGGGCAACCACUCAAGUGUAAAAUAAUCCUACCCUAAAAUGCAUGUUUGGAAUUUAUCUCCCCCGCCC